GACUACAAGUCCCAGAAGGCGUCUGGCGCUGGACUACGACUGCACGUGCGCGUCCCUCUGCCCGCCGGAAGGACGGAGCCUGGCAGUGUUUAUCUCGUUGGGGACGGAGGAAUCGGUUGGCGCGCAACGGGUUCUAGGCUGCUGGCAGCGCGAGGACCCGCGGCCCCACCCCGGCCCGGCCUGGCAGGUAACAGAGGCGGCAGGCCGUGCCGGGGGGGCAUGUUCCUGUAACCUGUGAUCCAGGGGAUGUUACGGUGGACAGUACAUCUGGAGGGCGGGCCACGCAGGGUGAACCAUGCUGCUGUGGCUGUUGGACACCGAGUAUACUCCUUCGGGGGUUACUGCUCUGGUGAAGACUAUGAGACACUACGGCAGAUAGAUGUGCACAUUUUCAAUGCAGUGUCCUUGCGUUGGACAAAGCUGCCCCCAGUGAGGCCCACGGUCCGUGGGCAGGCUCCUAUUGUACCCUACAUGCGGUAUGGACACUCUACCGUCCUCAUCGAUGACACAGUCUUCCUUUGGGGUGGGCGCAACGACACUGAAGGGGCCUGCAAUGUACUCUACGCCUUUGAUGUCAAUACUCACAAGUGGUCUACACCCCGAGUGUCAGGAACAGUUCCUGGGGCCCGGGAUGGCCAUUCAGCUUGUGUCCUGGGCAAAAUCAUGUACAUAUUUGGGGGCUACGAGCAGCUGGCAGACUGCUUUUCCAACGACAUUCACAAGCUGGAUACCAGCAGCAUGACAUGGACCCUUGUUUGCACUAAGGGCAACCCUGCACGCUGGAGGGACUUCCACUCAGCCACGAUACUGGACAAUCGCAUGUAUGUCUUUGGAGGCCGUGCUGACCGCUUUGGGCCGUUUCAUUCCAACAAUGAGAUUUACUGCAACCGCAUUCGAGUCUUUGACACCAGAACUGAGGCCUGGCUUGAUUGCCCACCCACUCCCGUGCUGCCUGAGGGGCGCAGGAGCCACUCUGCCUUUGGCUACAAUGGGGAGCUGUACAUCUUUGGUGGCUAUAACGCAAGGCUGAACCGGCACUUUCAUGACCUCUGGAAGUUUAACCCUGCAUCCUUUACCUGGAAAAAGAUUGAACCAAAGGGGAAAGGGCCAUGUCCUCGCCGGCGCCAGUGUUGCUGUAUUGUCGGUGACAAGAUUGUCCUCUUUGGGGGUACCAGCCCAUCUCCUGAGGAAGGCCUGGGAGAUGAGUUUGACCUCAUAGAUCAUUCUGACUUACACAUUUUGGACUUUAGCCCGAGUCUGAAGACUCUAUGCAAACUGGCUGUGAUUCAGCAUAACUUGGACCAGUCCUGUUUGCCCCAUGACAUCAGGUGGGAGCUCAAUGCCAUGACCACCAACAGCAAUAUCAGCCGCCCCAUCGUCUCCUCCCAUGGAUAGGAGGAAGUUUUCUGCCACCUCCCCUCCUGAGCCUGCUCUUAUCUUCACUGCCCCUGUCCAUCUCUCACCUGCCUGCCCCUUUGGACCCUGGACUCAGUAUACCUCCAUGUGGAGUUGUUCGACUAGAGGUGUUUUCUGUGCUGUGAAUUCAGUGGGGAGUUGCAGGGGGGGAGGGCCAUGUCCCUCCUCCCUUGGGCCGAGGGCCCCUUCCCCUUGGUGCUCUGUUCCCAUCGACCUUCCUCUGACUGCUCCUGAGCCUCUGCUCGGCCCCAGCCAGUCAGGUUGCCAAGCUCUGCUGGAAAGGAACGCAGUGGGGAGAAGGAGAUGCAGGCAGUGUCUGAGCCUCAGGAGCUUCCCUCUCCCCAUGCCUACCCCCUCCCCUGCUUGAGCCUUGAGCACCCACUGGGAUCAGAGAGAAGACACUGCUGUUGGCUUCAAACAGCCUUCUCUCCCCAUCCUGGGGAGGCAGGGACCAGCAGAUGGUUUCACUCUUCCUUGAGCUGUUGCUGUACCCUGAAACUCAGCCAGUUCAGAUUUUAUAAAAAGUAAAACCUGGAAACCUG